AGAGGCGUUGUUGGGUCUGUGACGCUGAGCCAGCCCCCUCCUGACGGCUGCACCAAUCGCCUCCUCCUGACAGGGAUUAAGUGUCAAGCCGAGCUCCUCUCUCACACUCCGGACCACAUCAUAACUUUUGAGAGGUGGGAAAACGCCACCGACUUCUUCUCCUUCGUUUAACGGCAGCAGAAGUGACAAGGACGCGCAACGGCGGCCCGAUGGAGAAAUCCAAAAACUUUCGCAUCGACGCGCUUUUGGCAGUCGAUACACCCAAGGCGCAGACCUCUCCGCUGGCGCUUGUGACUUCCCUGUCCUCCUCCUCCAUCCCGUCGUCGGGAGGCGAGCUGACCUCCAGCGCCGACGCUUUACGCACCGAGACGCCGUCUCCGCCGAGGAUUUCCACCUGCGGCUUGAUUCCUAAACCGGGUUUCCUCAACAGUCCGCACAGCAUGGUUGGAUUACAUCCGCAGAGCACCGCAGGGAUCCCCGCACAGGCUCUCUACGGCCAUCCCAUGUACACCUACUCCGCAGCCGCGCUCGCAAGCCAACACCCUGCCCUGUCCUACUCCUACCCACACGGCUCCCAUCACCACCACACCAGCGAUCCCAUCAAACUGUCAGCCAGCACCUUCCAGCUGGACCACUGGCUGCGGGUCUCCACAGCCGGGAUGAUGCUGCCCAAAAUGUCUGACUUUAAUUCUCAGGCGCAGUCCAACUUGCUUGGCAAGUGCAGAAGACCAAGAACUGCAUUCACAAGUCAGCAGCUGCUGGAACUGGAGCAUCAGUUCAAACUGAAUAAGUACCUGUCACGACCGAAGCGCUUUGAAGUGGCCACGUCCCUCAUGCUGACAGAAACUCAGGUUAAAAUCUGGUUCCAGAACAGACGCAUGAAGUGGAAGAGGAGUAAGAAGGCCAAAGAGCAGGCCGCCCAGGAGGCCGAGAAGAAUAAAGGCAGCAAGGGCGGCCAGGAGAAAUCUGACGGACUCGAACAGUCGGACUAUAACAGCAAGACAGACUCAAAAAACGGCAGAAUAAGAGACUUCAGGGACAGUGACGACGACGAGGGCGACAAUUUCCUGUACAACUCGUCGGACUGCUCCUCGGACGACGAGAGGAAUCACACCAGCGACAUAAGUCCGCAGCCUUGAAUCUCGAAGAAAAAAGAAAAGAAAAGAAAAAAAGGCGCAGAACUUCAAUUAUAAAGACUGUGGGCGGAUUUUCGCUAUAAAAAAAAAAGUUGCAGUUGCAUGUAAUCCGACCUCUAAAAUCACCUCUACGGAAUUCAUUUUGUUGUCAUGAAAAGAAUAACAUUUAGGUCAGAUGAUCUCGAGCAAUAAAGCAAGGAGAUUUAUGUUUAAUACAGUAGGAGCAUCACUCAGUCGGCCGCAGGUGAACUGUGACAUAACGCAUGGUUUCUAUGCAAACGCUGUAAACUGGCUCAGGUUCUCUGCAGUCUUUUUCCCUCCUGCUGUGUUGGUUAGUUUGUCAGCAGUAACAGCGCCCGCCACAGUAGAUAACUCUGCCGCCAUCUCUCUCACGUUGGCCUGAUUUUAUCCCUUGUGUAAGUGAGUCAUAUCACGCUGGAAAUAAAUGUU